UUAUCAAAGCGUGUGAUGCUGACGUCAAAGUAGGACCGUGUUCUAGAAAGCGUUUCGAAGAGCUCGCUCCUAGCCAACGGCCUUCAGAUAGGAAAAGUGGUCUGCUAGUUUUUCUUCGGCACAAAAGUAUAAUCCUCAUCCUCAUCAAGUUUUCUGGGGGGAAUGACCUGCAUGUAUGUCAUGCGAUGUUAUUUUAGGCUAUUGAGUCCGUGAAACUAAUUGCAUCACCCAUAUAGACCUGUGGAGUUAUUUGUCUGCUAUAGUGUUAGCUAUGAUCUUUUAUAUUUUCAAAACCACCCACCUGCGAUAGUAAACCAUGGUUCUUGGUGCGAUCGGUGUCGCUGCGGGCAGUAUCGCUAUACCUCUUACUGCGGUAUCAACAGCUACUUCCGUAGCCAGUCUUUCGCAGGGCGUUGGAGCUCAGCAACAGAACAGCGGAUCACAAGGAGACUCAUCAAGCGCUGAUCCAAACGAUCCCCGAUUGGCGAAGUUCACGCUCAGAGCGCACUGUAGUGACGAGGAAGAUUCCCCAUUCAGGGAAGAGAUAGAAGACAAGCAGGUGAUUCUGCGGAACGGCAAGCUUUAUCUCGAUGACCCAGACCCGUCGCGAAGGAAAUUCGAGGAUGGACAUGAGUUCAGCGGUUUCUAUGUCGAAUAUCCAUGGAAGGCCAAGCCACUGGGGCUCGUGAGCACAAUCAAGAGCAACCCGCCAGAGCUCAACUGGAUAUAUGUUAACGAAGACACGAUGGCAUUGGAGUAUGGAGGAAGGUCCCAAAGCCUUCUUCACCUUGCGGGCCCUUGGAAUUGGACUGAUGACGAAGAACGGGUAACAUUUGAGGACUGGGAAGGGUUUGUAGCGCUAGAAGAGACCAAAUGCUCGUGGGUUCUGUAUUAUGACCAGGAUGAUGACCGUCUGAGUGGUAUAAGAGGCGAGAGAAAGGCGUUGGAAUGUAGUUUGGAAAGAAUACUGUUAUGACCCGAUAUAUUUUGGCAGAAAAUGCGGAAUAUCAUUGGACAAGAGUUACUGUCGACAGUCUGUAGGAUUUCAUGAUGUCCACCGAACAUUGAAUCAGAAUCCAAAACUAUGAGAGGUCACGGUCAGAGAGGAAGCACUUCCGGCAACGGCCGAAGCAGGAUUGAUCGGAUCAGCCUCCAACUUCGCUCUGUGGACAAUUUACUUCAUCUCUCUUACGCACUUCUCCAAAUUGUCGUUAGCUCCACACCUCUGUAAAUCUGGGCGUCCAGGAUAUAAAUUUCUACCCUUCA